UAGAGCCCGUCCACCGGGAGCGACUUUGUCGAGCCUGAGUCUUUGUCCUCCUCCAUCUACCUUCUCUUUACCCCACAGGUACCAGCCGGCCAUGUGUCCUCACCACCACGCCUUUCAGUGAUGUCAUUGCGUGACUGAAGGAGAUCAAGCAGUACACGUCCGUUUUGGUCGUUCUUCUUCAACACCGUAGAAGGGACACCGCUGCGAUGGCGGGUCUAGCCUUGUCCGCUGAGCAUCCGAGCGACCGCGGCCUCCAGGACCACCAGCAGCUCAUUGAAGAGAUCCUUCAUGAGAGACCAUGGACUCCAACUGCUGGAGAAAGAUCCCAUUUCGAUAAACUUCCCGCCGAACUCGUCCACCAGAUCCUAUCCCACCUCUCCGCACGGGACCUCGCUUGCGUGUCUAGAACGUGUCGCAUAUUCGCCGAACAUGGCUCCAACGAUCACCUUUGGGCUAGCCUCGUAAACUCACAUAUUCCCUUCCACAUCCACGAUCCGGGGCCGUUCGACUCAUUCCGUCGACUAUACCUUGCCCACCUCCCCUACUGGUUCAUUCCCCAGAAUAAGAUCUGGUUUUCGGAUACCGAAGCCCACGGCUGUCUGAUCCUAGCUCGGUACGACAAUCGGCGAGGCGUAAUAGAGGCAUAUAGAGUUAUUGCAGACCGGCGCCAACCAAAAUUUCAUAUUUGGGAAGCUCAUCCGGAUGUGAUGAUCCAGUCGUUUGACCCCAAGAUCAGCUUGUGGUUAGAUGACCCAGUAUUGCUCCUCAAAGAUCAUGAGCCAUCGAACCCGAUCGCCCCUUGUCAGACAUGGAACCCUGAUCGCCGGAUGCCUAUGGCGGCUGAUUCUCAGCAUGUAUUCAGCUCGCUUAUGCUCUGCCCUAGGGAGUUACCAGAAAACAACAAAUCAACAUCACCGGCAAGGCUUUGGCCGCCCGCGAUGAUUCCUAGUGCGGAACGAAUAUCUCGGAUUAUUUACUCGGCAGGAACAUCUUUGCCAAGUUGUGCAUCAGAAGCUUCCUCAAUCGGGUUCCGCAUCAAACGGUGGGCCAACUUUAGGCUUCAGAUCACGCCAACUGAUAACGAAGCGAUAUCAAAUUAUGCAACGAUCGAUCCAUCACUAUACGUCCCCACGAAAGAGAAGCCAUACCAAGGAAUCUGGGUUGGAGAUUACUCUGCGCAUGGGUGUGAAUUUCUCCUCAUCUACCAAAUAAUUCGUUGCGAGGGGAGUGAGCAGUCGAACACCUUGAGAGCCGUCAAGCUGACAGGGGAUCCCAAUGUUCCACGAGGGGAAGUCACAUUUGUUGCGCAAGAUAUCGGGCCGGCUGGCCUCAUACGUGUGGCAGAUGAAGAGCCCUUUGCGGGUGCCCGUAUAGUACAUUGCUUUGGGCACGUCGCGGGCCUUGGUUUCCGCGAUGAUUCUUACACCACGUCUCAACUCAUCCUUGUUUCUACCGAUUAUAUUGCGCACUACUGGGAGGAGAUGGGCCACAUCUCGUAUUUCCGCCGCGUGGAUAUCGAUGAGCUCUUGCAGACCUAAGUGUAGUUCGCAGGUGCAUUAUUGGUGCUUCCUUCUAACUGGAUUCUCCUUCCCUCUUUCUUCAUACCCUAUUAGAUUUCUCCCUCAGUAUAGGCCCUCUGUCGACUACUCAUCAGCUCAUGAAUCAAUGACAAACUCCAAAGACAUGAAAUUAUUGUAGCAAGGGAUAUGUGCUGAAAAUGGAGCCGUAUCUAUUCUCCAGCCACCUAAGAACGAAUUGACUAUAAUUGUGAUAAGUCGUUGAAGUUCACAAUACCAUUGUCAUAGGCUGAUUAUAAAACAAUAAAUAG